CGCAAUGGAUUUAGUCAAAACGUCACUGUCUGACAAAACUUCCACAGAUACCAUUGAAUUUACAGGACAAUGAAAUGUCAUUUGCUUGUUUAUUAAAAUUUGUUGUUUAUUAGAAAUGAUAUAUAUCCUUAAACUUUUAAACAGUGAAGUUAAAUUAACAAUCGCAAUAUUUAUUUUCUUGCAAACUUUGCUCGUUUGUUCGCCUACGUUCGUAAUCGCCAUCUCAUCGUCCGUACUCUGUUUGCCUGUCGUUUCGUACGUACGUCAUUGGCAGUGAACGGAACGAAGUGUCGUCGUAUAGAUCGCUGGCUGGCUCUGAAAAUAGUGAACCGAGUAUGAGUUUUCGAAAUAUGUUCGAAUAAAAAGUGAUUAAGUGAGUGACUGUCAUCCAGCAAGAUGGUUGAUGACGUGAAAGAUAUUACCGAAACCGCUGAAAGUAAAGCGCAAGCAGAUGCCAUAGACCGAGCGAGAUUAGCACGAGAGCGACGGGAGGCCGAGCAAAGGAAGCGGCUGGAUGAGCUCAGAGCGCACGCGGCCGCCGCGCAGGCGCAGCGCGAGAAACGUGACGAGGAGCGGCGCCGGCGCCAGGCGGAGCAGCGCGCUAAGGAUGACGACAGGAGGCAACAGGUGGAGGAGCGCAAGCGAGCGAUAUGGGAAGCGUCAAUAUCCCGACGGGAGGCGCUACUGCAGCGCGAGAAGGACCGCACCGAGCGACUCGAGCGAGCGAGGCUAGCACGCUCGGCGCCUCGACCAGCCUUCGCCUUUGGUUCCUCCACGCCGCGCUUGCUGGAGCCGCUGGACUCGGCUGGGUUCUUCUGGGCCGCGCGCAGGGCGGCAUCAACAACGAACGUGAUGUUCGCGUCUGCGCCGCUGACGAGACGCGCUUCCGCACUCCAACUGGACUCGUCUGACACCGACAAUAAAGACGAACCGGACCGCACCCCACCCCCAGUGAUGUGGUCCUCCGUAGCGCGGCGGCGCACAGACCUAGUGCCCACGAUCCCCGCGCCGCGCGCCCCAGGUAGGGCGUACUCCAUGACGCGCCUCGACAGGAUCCCGGCCGCGCGCCCGCUGCACUCGGCCUCGCCCUCCAUGCACCAACUCCACAGGACGCAAUGCCGGUCGGGGGAGACGACGCCGUCGCGGCCGGGCAGCGCUCUGUCUCAAGCCACCACCGUCACCCGCCGCACCCCCGCGCCGCGCCGCCCGCGCCCCGCCUCCAUCGCCGGCACCGGCGUCAACACGCCCCGAGGCGGGGUGUUAGACGUUGGCGGUGCGAGUGCAGCGACGACGCCGAGCGUUUCUCGCGACAGCAGCGUAGUGGGGGCCACGGUGCCGCGCCGACCCGCAGCGUCGCGCCGCCCGCGCCCGCUCUCCCUGCACCGCGCGACCGAGCCGCAAUUAACAGUUGCUCCGGGAGAAGGAAAGCCGCCAGUACACAGAAAGCCAAAGUCAUCCAAAGAACACGAUAAGUCUGCGCGGGGCAAGUCUGCGUCGCCGGGUCGCGCCUUGUCUCCCACCUUCAAAGACUCCAGUAUCGAACGCGACCUCGCCGAUAAGGAGUCUCAAUUGAGUGACAAGAGCCAAGUGAGCGCCGUAGAGGUGACACAGAAAUUAGAAGCACUGCAGAUACAUAACGGGGACUCGCACGCAUACUUAGAUGAUAAGGUAAACGAAAACAAAGAAAACAUAUUAAUCAACCUAGAAACGAAUCCCGAACAGAACAUAAUAGCAGAAGUCAGAAAUAUAGAAGUACACAAGCCUGUCGAUGAUAAAAGAGACGUUACGCCCGUUAAGAAGGAUGAAGUCAAACCAGUAAAAAAGGAAGAAGUCAAACCGGCCAAAGUGGAAGAAGUCAAACCGGCCAAGACAGAAGAAGUCAAACCGGAUAGGAAAGAAGAGAGCAAACCGGAAAAGGAAGUAAGAAAGGAGGAGGAGAAGAAAGACGUCGCACAGGAGAAGACUGAUGAUUCUGAAAUGACAGCAUCAAUGACAGCGCGUCGCAUCACAACGGAAGAAGAAGCUAAAGCCGCACUCGCUGAAAGAAGACGGAAGGCGAGAGAAGAGCUGGAGCGACAGGCUGAGCUAGAGAGACAGAGACUACAGCGCGAAGCAGAGGAAGAAGCCGAAAGACAGAGACAAGAGGAAGAGAGGCAGAGGCGCGAAGAGGAAGAAGCGCGGGAACUGGCCGCGUUACAGCGACAGAUGCAGGAAGAGAAGCUCAGAAAGGCCAUUGAGGCGCAACAGCAACUCGAGCGCGAAGAGAGCGAAAGGCGCGCCAAAGAAGAGGCGGAGAAGAGAGCGCGGCAGAAGGAGGAAGAAGAAAAGAGACGGGCGGCAGAAGAAGCCGAGCGGCUGCGGAAGGAGGAAGCGGAGAGGGAGGAGAAGGAACGGCUACUGAGGAAACAACGCGUGGAAGCUAUCAUGGCCAGGACUCGGCUUAAGAAGCAAGCAGAAGAAGAAAAGAAGCAACAAGAGAAAUCUGCUUCUCCUGCGCCCGCACCCGCGACCACAGACAACGGCAACCCGCCCCCUCUGAUCACUCUCGCACCAACCAAUGCGGAGGAACAGAAGGCUUCCGAGCCGCUCCUGGUAGAUCUAGAGCCGGCCAGUAAACCUGACAAUGGAAACGCUGCGCCCGCGCCGACACUUAUGCACCAAAGUGAGGAAACAGCAGCGCCAUCGCUAGAAGCGGCUACAAAUGGAAACCAUGUGGCAGAUUUCAGUGCACUCAAUGGCCACGCCCACACCCAUCCAUUAACGUUGCACAAUGCCCUGUAAACAAUAAGCGAUUAAUACUUGCUGAAGAAACAGUCAUGCCACAACGCGACUAUUAUAAAGAAGUCGCCACAUAAAAGUUGUUCUGUUCUCAACACGGUCUAAAAGAGCGCGUCACCAUUAUAAUAUUGCUGCUUCAUUGGAGACGCGGAAAUUAUUUAUUGCUGCAUUUCGACAUUGAAGCGAGAAUCGCGCAUCAAUACAAAAUGCCCUGCAUAAGCGACACGGAAACAUAAUAAAAGGGCGUCGUCAUAAAAAGAUGCGUUCAGUAAUAAACGACCAGCGACACAAAUAGUUAUGCCAAUACGCGAUGCGAAUAUACAAAGUCGUCGCCACACAAUGUUUCGUUGUAAACGGCCGAAACUGUAGUCAUUGUUGUCAAGAUGAUGAAUGCACAAACGUUCUCCCGUUCUGAGUGCGAGGUCACCACACUGCAUUGCGACGUCGCAUCGCAGAAACGACGACGCAUCACUAUACGAUGCGAUUACGCAACGCAAAAGAAACUUUGUAACUGCCAA